CAGCCCAGUUGUUUUGGAAGAAGAAGAAGAAGAAGAAGAAGAAGAAGAAGAAGAAGAAGAAGAAGAAACACCGGAUCUGCUCUCAGUUUAUGGUCCUGUUUUAGGCUUUCUUUACACACAAAUUACGAAUAAUGUCCACACCUGCAAGGAGACGGCUUAUGAGAGACUUCAAGAGACUUCAAGAAGAUCCUCCCACUGGUGUGAGUGGAGCACCAUCAGAGAACAACAUCAUGCUUUGGAACGCAGUUAUUUUUGGGCCUGUGGGGACACCGUUUGAAGACGGAACGUUUAAGCUGCUGAUAGAGUUUUCCGAGGAGUACCCAAACAAGCCUCCCACAGUUCGGUUUGUCUCCAGAAUGUUUCACCCAAAUGUUUACGCAGAUGGCAGUAUAUGUCUAGACAUCCUUCAGAACCGCUGGAGCCCCACAUACGAUGUGUCGUCCAUACUCACCUCCAUCCAGUCGUUGCUGGAUGAGCCAAACCCGAACAGCCCGGCCAACAGUCAGGCCGCACAGCUCUAUCAGGAAAACAAGAGGGAGUACGAGAAGAGGGUGACGGCCAUCGUGGAGCAGAGCUGGGUGGACGUCUGAGUUUUGUCUCUCUCCCCCCCCCUUCCCCCCCUUUUACUCCCUCCUCUCUUCAUCACCCCAGUACUCCAGUCUUUCAUAUUUACCUCAUCAAGAAAAAGAAAAAACAGCAACUAUAUCAGAAGAACUCAAGUGCCACCCUGAAAAAAAACAACAACAACAACAACAAACAAGGAAGAACAUAAAAAACAAACAAACCAGAAUGGACAUCAACAUGCUUGCCAACACAUUUGAGGAAAACGAGGGAGGGUAAAUCAAUCUUAUAUUUGUGUUUCCUUGUCCUUAAUUUUACUUUUUUUUUGUAUUGCAUGAUGUGAAAUAAGUUAUUGCUAACAGAAUUUGUAAUAUAUCUUUGUUGUUUGGUUGGAUUGAUGCAGAUAGUGUUUUGAGUUUUACACGUUUUCUUUUUCCUUUUGGAAGAUUUUUUUUUUUGUAACGUCUGCUGGCGUGCACACAACUUGGCUACUAAAUCAGCAUAUUUUGAGAUAUAACAAUCCAGCUUCCAGACUCCAUAUCAUUGCAGAUCAUGAGGAACAAUCGGAUCGCUUCCACCAUAUCUCUGUUAUUUUAGGAGACACCGUAGGUUCCGGCGCUCACAGACGUCACAGGCUGCAACGGCGCCAAAGUCUCCCUGGCACCGAUGAAUCAUGAAUCACGACUCCCUCGGCUCGGCAGCUCCUCAGCUUUUUAUUCCAAUCAUUUACUCACUCCGAGGUAGGAGAGUAUAUUAGAGAGGGAGUGUUAGGAGAGAGUAAAUAUUAACACCAGGAUGGCAAAGGAUGAGCAGGGACCGAAUCCCAGCUGAGCCGAGGAAAUAGUGUGUCUCUUUGUUAAUUGUAAUCAAAAGCAAAAGAACUGGAGUCCAACAGUGCUUGUACUUCUAAGAUGUUCUUGAAUGGUGGACGCUAAAUCAUGUUUAUUUUGAUGCGUUCAUGGCUAAUGGGGUUUGAUUGACAGCUGUGUUCUCUGUUCUGCUCAUUUACUUUAAUAGACCUUUUAUUGGUUGUCACAGCUCAUAAUGUAUCUUAAUGAAUAGAAGAUGAAUGCAGAUCUAGAGUGGAACUGUUCUCCAUCUCUCGACAGCUCAUCGUAGGCGUGCGCCCACGUGGUUUUCCAUCCGCCGCAGAAAGUGAACGACUUUCAGUGUUGCCUGUGACGUGUCUGUGCUUUUGAGCCUUCUCUUAAAAUGACACAUAUGACAUUUAAAUGAACAAAUGAGCAGAGGAGGAAAGCCGAGCAGUCCGGUGCGUGGUCUCUUAUUUUGUUUGCUCUAAAUAAAAACCGUUAAGAGGGUCGACUGCAGGGAGGAACAGCUCUUACGCAGUUUCAAUCCUAAAUCAACCGUUUCCCCAAAGCCUCAAGUUGUCUUCGUGCCUGCAUUUGUCUCCUUUUUUUAUUUGUAUGUGAAGCCCAAUUAAAAGACCACUUGAGUAUAUUAACACAGCUCAACUCCAGAGAAAACCAUCAUCAUAAAACAGGGUUCCUCUUUUCUGAAGCAGUAAAAGGUUGUGUUGUGGCUAGCGAUUUAUUUCACCCCCCCCAAAAAAAACCACAGAAGGGAUAUGUUACAAAGAUUUUGUGAAUUAAACAAAAAAAUGUAUACUUAUAACAAUAUGCUGUAUAAACAUAAUAAAACACAU